AUGGUCUACACAGUCCCAACAAUGGAGAAAGAACAGGCUCUGCAGCUUCUACAAAGCAAGCUAGGCCGCAAUUUCAACGAGGCUACCGCAUUACGCCUUUUACGCACCCUUGAGUGCAUCCCUCUCGCUGUAAGCCAGGCAGCGGCGUACAUUCACAGACGAAGUCCUCAAGUAACCGUCGAUUCAUAUUUAGAGGAAUUCCACAACAGUGAAAGGCGAAAGGACACCCUCCUUCGCAGUGAUAGAGGGGAUAUCCAACGCUAUGAAGGCGUAUCUAACUCCGUCGUAGUGACAUGGCAGGUGACGUUUGAGCAGAUCAAACGUGAGCAGCCCAGGGCAGCCGACCUUCUUUCGCUCAUGAGCUACUUUCAGGCGCAAAACAUCCCCGUGUAUAUGCUGCAUAACUACAGUAGUGGCAGCAUAGGUUCUAAAGAGAGCGACGAUGAGCAUGGUGAAACCAGUAGCGACGACUUUGAGGAUGACCUGGAUAUGCUCCGGGGCUACUCACUCGUUACCAUGACAGCUGUGCCAGGUUUCUUGGAGAUGCACUCGCUGGUGCAAUUUUGCACGAAGGUUUGGAUCUCAGAAUAUGGUUUCCGAGACCAAUGGAAGACACUCUUUCUUCAAUCGGCCUCACAACACUUUCCAUCAGGCGUAUUCAAAACGUGGCAGCAGUGUCAAACCCUGAUGCCCCACAUACAGCUGGUAUUAGACAAAAGGCCAUCAGAUGAACGCAACCAACUACAAUGGAGCGAGCUAUUAACAAAUGUGUCUUGGUACUUAGUGAUGCUUGGCAACUAUUCCAAGGCGGAGGUCUUAGUACAAAACGCUGUUAGGAUCAGGACGGAAAGACUAGGGGAGGAGAAUCCCUCUACGCUGACGAGCACGGCCAACCUGGCGUCAACAUACAGGAAGCAAGGCCGAUGGAAGGAGGCUGAGGAGCUGGAGGUGCGGGUGAUGGAGACGAGAAAGAGGGUGCUUGGAGAGGAGCAUUCCGACACGCUGUGA